AGUCUCGCUGCUCGAGAAUCACAAACACACAAAGAAAGAAACAGAUCACCUUCACAGAUAGCUGCAGCGGUCAGCAUGAUGUCUGGAGGUCCGGCGGUGCGCGUCAGCAUCGAGUCUCAGUGUGAGCGUCAGGUGCAGGAGGUGUCUCUGGACGGUCUGGAGACGUAUGUCCCGCUGCUCUCCAUGUCUCAGAACCUGGCCAAGCUGGCGCAGCGGAUCGACUUCGACCAGAGCUCGGACUCAGACGAGGACGGGCCGGAGCGGGAGAGCCGGGAGCCGUGGGGCAAACCUGAGCCGGAGGAGGACGAGGGGACGGUGAAGUUCCAGCCCUCGCUGUGGCCGUGGGACUCGGUGAGGAAUAACCUGCGCAGCGCUCUCACAGAGAUGUGUGUGCUGCACGACGUGCUCAGUGUGCUCAAAGAGAAGAAGUACAUGGCGCUCGACCCCGUGUCCCAGGACCCCGCUCUGACCAAGACCCCGCAGGUGUUCCAGCUCAUCAGCAAGAAGAAGUCUCUGGCCACGGCGGCCCAGCUGCUGCUGAAAGGAGCCGAGAAACUCACCAAGUCUCUGGCGGAGAACCAGGAGCAGCGCAGACAGCGGGACUUCAACUCGGAGCUGCUGCGUCUGCGCUCACAGUGGAAGCUGCGCAAGGUCGGGCACAAGAUCCUGGGCGAUCUGAGCUACCGCAGCGCCGGGUCUCUGUUCCCCCAUCACGGCACGUUUGAGGUCAUCAAGAACACAGACAUCGACCUGGAUAAGAAAGUCCCUGACGAUUACUGUCCGCUCAACGUGCAGAUCCCCAGCGACCUGGAGGGGUCGGCGUAUAUUAAAGUGUCCAUUCAGAAGCAGUCUGCUGAUAUCGGAGACCUCGGCACAGUCAGUCUCUUCAGAAGACAGCCCAAAGCCAAACCCGGCUCUCAGAUGUGGCAUUUGAAGCUGGAAGCGGCUCAGAAUGUGCUGCUGUGUAAGGAGAUCUUUGCUCAGCUCUCACGUGAAGCUGUUCAGAUCAAAUCACAGAUUCCUCACAUCGUCGUCAAGAACCAGAUCAUCUCUCAACCCUUUCCUGGUCUGCAGCUGUCCAUCUCUCUCUGUCACUCCACUGGAGAGAAGAAAAGCCAGAGAGCCUCACCAGACAAGAGCAAACCAGACGACCACCUGUAUGUGUUAGAGCACAACCUCCACCAGCUGAUCCGAGAGUUCCACAAGCAGACGCUGAGCUCGGUGGUGAUGCCUCAUCCUGCCAGCUCUCCGUUCGGCCACAAGCGCUUGCGUCUGGCGGGACCCAUGGCCUACGACAAAGCAGAGAUCAGCUCGCUGCAGCAGAGCGAGGGACUCCUGGAGAAGAUCAUCAAACAGGCCAAACACAUCUUCCUGAGGAGCAGGACGGCGCGGACCAUCGACAGUCUGGCCAGUCGUAUAGAGGACCCUCAGAUCCAGGCUCACUGGUCCAACAUCAACUCUGUGUAUGAGUCCAGCGUCAAAGUGCUCAUCACCUCGCAGGGAUACGAGCAGAUCUGCAAGUAUGCCGUCACAACGGUGGCAGAGCACAGGCCUCACCACGACACAUUUCUGCAUAAACCUUACUUACUCAACACAGCGUUAACACUGAUCUCAAAUCUGCACGCUGUGCAGCAGCUGGCUAAAGUCAUGGGCUGGCACGUGUUGAGCUUCAGUAAUCACGUGGGCCUCGGCCCCAUCGAGAGCAUCGGGAACGCCUCCGCCAUCACGGUCGCGUCUCCCAGCGGAGAACAUGCCAUCUCAGUGCGCAACGGUCCAGAGAGCGGCUGUAAGGUGCUGGUUCAGUUCCCACGCAAUCAAGCCAAAGAGCUGCCCAAGAGCGACGCGGUGCAGGACGCCAGAUGGACACACCUGAGGGGUCCUUACAGGGAGGUGCACUGGGGCCGCAUGGAAGGAAGAAACUUUGUGUACAAGAUGGAGCUGCUGAUGGCGGCCCUGACCCCGUGUCCCUAGAGCCGCAGCAGUCGUGUCUCGCAUCUGUCUGACGCGUCUCUUCACUCUGAUCGCUCUCGGGCUUCACCUCUGGAGUCGCCAUGCCAUUUUUCUAAGAAAAGGUCAGCGAUGGCCAAAGCACGUGUUGGAAAUAAAACAUUUGUACUUCCAGAU